UGUGUGUAUGUGGUGCACAUGCGUGUGUGUGUGUGUGUGUGUGUGUGUGUGUGUGUGUGUGUGUGAAAGACAGAGACGGCAGCACAGAGAGCUGUCGGGCAUUGCUGAGCUCUGUACCAGUCGGAGACAGGCGCUCUUGAAGCGAAUAACUGCCAUGGAGCCAGCAGGAGUUAGCUUUGGGCUCGUCUGGUUCCAGCUUGUGCAUGAGAAUCAUGUCUUUGUGAGACGCGACUGUCAUCUCCUCACACAAAGGCGUGUGUGCUUCACCACGCUCACAUGCUAACAGUAGAUGUGUCCAAAAGCUACAGCUCUGGGCCAAGCUCUCCAGAGUCGCCCCAGCGUCACACUGCUUUGCAGUGUCAGAAGAGUCCCCAGGGAGUCGACACAUAAGCUGUCCACGGCGGCCACCCGUAAACACCCAUAUGACAGAUACUGUAAAUCCACAAUGUUACCUGCCAGUCAACAAGGUUGUUUCCCAGAACACAAAGCUCCUGACUCACUGUAUAUUGUGAUGGGUCGGGCGUUCUAGCCAAGCUUUAAACGCAUCAGCAAAAAACCCAACUGCAAUCCUUCCCAGUGCUGGGGUCUGUGAAAUACUCCACACAUCAUACAGUCAGCGAUUACACUUGGGAAAGUGCCAGUAACCGGAUACAAUUAGCCCCGAACCCAGUGGGACAGGGCGGGAUUAAGUUAUCCGACGUUCCUCAAGUUACCUCCCUGGCGUCCCAUGGAAAAUUCUCCCUCCUCAUUAAUGAGUGCUGUCUCACUCCUCAGAUGGGACGUGUUAUCGCCCAUGUAAAACGUUUACUCAUUCACAGGCAGGUGUGUCAAAGGAGCGCAUGGGUCGGCAGGAAAGGAGAGACGAGCUUAGUAAUUAAAUCCCGCUUCCUCCGGAAACCGCAUUAGGUAGGGAAGGCGGAGAAAAUGUUUAACACGGAGACAGUGAGUCAGUGGGUUCUGUGAGCGGUGAACGGGACACGCGCGGGGGGGGUCUGGCGGAAAGGGGAUUAAGGCACACCUGCAGGACCGAGCGUGUUUUGCGUGUCUGCGCUCUCUCAGGUGGUGGGACGUGUGAUGCUGCUGCACCUGAUCGAGCUCCUGACGCAGGGCUACGGCGCCGACCCGCUGGUGACGCACAUCCUCAACAGCACCCGCGUCCACAUCCUGCCCUCCAUGAACCCGGACGGCUUCGAGGCCUCCACGCGCGACUGCAUGUUCUCUGAGGGGAGGUUCAACAAACACGGGGUGGACCUGAACCGCAACUUCCCCGACGCAUUCGACUGGGAGGAGGGGGAGGCGCGGGAGGCAGAGGUGCGGGCGGUGAUGGACUGGCUGAGCUCGGAGCCCUUCGUCCUGUCGGCCAACCUCCACGGUGGAGCCGUGGUGGCCAGCUACCCCUACGACAACAGCAACGGAGGAGAAGAGUUCAAGAAGGGCUCGAGCGUCGCCCCUGACGACGAUGUCUUUGUCCACCUGGCGAAGACCUACUCCUUCAGCCACGCCCAGAUGCGCAAGGACAACUGCGACGAGGCCAGGAACUUCAAGGACGGCAUCACCAACGGCUUCUACUGGUACCCGCUGGCCGGAGGGAUGCAGGACUACAACUACGUGUGGGCCCAGUGUCUGGAGAUCACCCUGGAGCUUUCCUGCUGCAAGUACCCCCCCGAAAGUGAUCUUCCAGGCCUGUGGGAAGCCAACAAGCCAGCCCUGCUGGCCUACAUGCAGCAGGUCCACCUAGGUGUGAAGGGGCAGGUCCUGGACUCGACGGGAGCCCCGGUGCAGAACGCCCUGGUUGAAGUGAAGGGGAGGAGGAAUAUCUGCCCGUUCCGAACGGACCGCAACGGGGAGUACUACAGACUGCUGCUGCCGGGAAACUACACGUUCACGGUGACGGUCCCGGGGCAGGAGCCCGAGAGGAGGAACCUGUCGGUCCCGUACGGGCCGGAGCGCUUCUCGGCCCUGACGCAGAACUUCGUGCUGGAGAGGGGGAGCGGCGGCGGCGCCGUCCCGGACCCGGACGCGGCCGAGCCCACCGAGUCGUGCACGGCCCUGCUGCAGUACCAGGCCGACGGCCACGCCGCCGCCCUGCUGCGCCCCCGGCUCCUGCCCCUGCUGGCCCUGGCGCUGUGCGGCCUGCUGCUGUGAGCCGGGGCCCAGAGCUCCGAGCAGCCGCGUCGGACUCCCGCGCGCCGACGUUCACAGUCCUCCCCCCCGAUGCCUUUUUACUCACGGUGCUGACGUCGAGUCGGAGCGGAGACGCUGUGCCACCGGGGAGCGCUGAGAGGGACGAGAACCAUUCCCAGCAUCCUCGCUGCUCACCCCCGCCAGCGGCCGCGCCCGUUAUGUAGCGAACGCUCGCGUCUGAAACCCGAGGCUGUUUAAAGCACUGUGUACUGUACUGUUAUACUUCAUACCGCGGCCUUUCUAAACAGUGAAUACUCGUCUGAAGUCACGGACGUUUCGCCGAGUCGACAGAGGGCACUCGCACCCUCAACCACGGACUCAUAUCACCGCAUACCGAGAAGUCAUAUCUGCAUCCACACGCUCCAUGUCAUAUGCCUGACGACAUUAGCCGCGCUGGGCCUGGCCUUCUGCCCUGUCUUUUCACGUGUAGCAGUAGGAUCUGCGGACCGCUGCAGACGGGAAGGAGGUCACCGUUUAACAUGCCACAGACGUCGUGUCUGAGUAAACUUCUUCUCCCAGAGUUUUCGGGGGUUUGCAGGAGUUCCGAGUAUUCAUGAUCAAGUGCGCUCACAACAACGCAGUUGUCACUUGAAUAAAUAAAAGGUGAGUCAAAACUCAAAAAACAA